UCAAGAAGAUGUGAGAUAUUAUUUACAGUUCCGUGGCAAAUAUUUGUAAACAGAACAGAAUCUGAGAAACUUUAAGUUGAACUAUCUUUCAAAGUUUAAACCUUGUUUUGAUUUAAUCAUUUUCACAACAAAGCACUCGAAUACUUAUCAAGUUUGAGUGACUUUCUGUUGUCUGUCAUGAAUGAGGAGAGCAGAUUUUAGUGGUUUGAUUCAGUGCAUUGGUUAGGUCCUCAGCGUUAUGCGUAAGCCCAGGUCCAGCAGAGCCUUAAGAGGCAAAAUAAUGGGCAAGGUUGAACAGGUUCAACUUGUCCAGGAAAAACUGUGCAACAGAAACGGCAAGAAUUUAAAGAUCGACGUUAUCCAGCCUCCUGAUGCUCCUGUUGCUACUUGCACUUCUUCUGCAGCAGAAGAUAUUUAUAAUACUUCUGCAUCAAACUCUGCUUCGGACGCCAGUUCCUUGUUUGAUACCAGUGACUUGGAUGUAGAGGUGUCAGAUGGUGAUCAUUUCAAUGAUGUGAAUGAAAGUGACUCUGACGAUUAUAAAAAUGUUUCCAAUGAAGAUGAAUCAGGAAAAUUAAAAAUCAGUUUUAAAAGAAAAAGAGGAAAGAAUAUUGAAGAAGAAUCAGAACAUUCAAGCGAUGAGAAUCAAAUGGAGAUCAAGAACAUAUUAAAAACACACAAAAGUUGUUUAAGUGACACACUUUAUCUUCAAGAGGAAAAUAAGCAGCUCAGAACACUUCUACUUGAUGCUGAACUUAAAGAGCAGAAGGCUAAUUCAAGUAUACAUGACCUAUUUACGGCAGUGAAAGACCUAGUUAACGAAGUAAAGGAAACUAAGAUAGAGAUGGCAAAUAUGCGGAAUGAAAUCAGUAUUUUUAAACUGAAUGAAACAAGUCUUCAACAGAAAAUUGAAACUGCUGUAAAUACUCUCUCACAACAAACUACACAAUUAUCUACUGACUUAAUCAACACAAAUCAAAAAAUAUCAACUUUAAAGGAAGACAUGGAGAAUUUACAGAAAGCCAUCCCCUGCAUUUCUGUCCCCGAAACAAUUUUAAGUAGUGAUGACAUCCCUGCACCACCAAAUGUUGACAGUGAGCUGCAGGAAUCUGGAACUGCUCACUGUUCUACAUCCAUACCACCACCUCUGAACACUUCUCUUGAAAUGGUAAACCAGGAACGUUUACCAGACCCAAUUGUAUUAUCAGAUACUGAAGAAAUAUUGAGUUCUGAAGAGAACCAAACUCAUCAAAGAACACCUAGUCCUAUCUCAAUUUCAGAUGAAUCUGAAGACUCUGACUCCUCAAUUUCACAAAAAUCUGCCUCAAUGCUUUCUCCUAGGCAUAAUCACAGUAGUAGUGAUUCAGAAAGUUCAUCUAGUAUAGAAGAUAUCAGUCCAGUCAGAAUAGGAGGCCAACCUAAUUCAUCAAUCCAAAAACAAAAUGUUUUGCUUAGAGGGAGCCAAACGAGUGCUUCUGAGAAGGUUUCUUUAACCGUCAAGAGUUCACCGCUGAAACUGCCUGAGUCAUCCGAGCUAGACAAAUAUAUUGGUGAGUUUGUUGAUUUUGGCUCAGUACGCUUAUCAAAGCAAAGGCUUAAGGGUCUUUCAUAUGAAAAGGUGUCAGUUCUGGUGUCAGAACUCUGCGUAAAUGUUUUUACACCAACUGAGAUGGCUUUAAGCACUUUAUCAGGAAGGAGAUCUAAUACACACAAAAAUUCCAUCCCUAAAAGGCGUUUGGACCCAGACAAGGUUGAUGGAAUAGCAGACUUUAUUGUUAGACUGACCAAGCCUUCUAACCCAAUUCGCGUUGUAGGGGAGGUCCGUCAAGCGAUAAUGGUCAAAUUAGGAAAGUUUUUGAGAACUCAUGAAGGAAAGAAAAUCAUUGCUGAUCAACAGGCCCUUCUCCAGGAACCUGCAAUGUAGGACAGGUAACCCUAUUUUAAAGUAUCCAUUAGAAAUGGUACCUCCCACAUGACAAAUUAGUUUUUUUUUUAUUUACAAUACAUAGUCUUUACCAAUCUUUGUUUUGGCUCGUUAAUAAAUUUUUAUCUUCGAUUCCAAGA